AUGCCAGAACUCCCCGCCUUCAGGGUCCUCGGCAUCAUCUUCAUCCUCUGGUGGAUGCUGCCGGGCAGCGACUACCAGAGCCAGUCGGUCGCAUUAUCAGAUCUCGUUGUCUCGCGACUUUCGCACUACCGCGCAUCCCUCGAUGUGCUGAACACGACGCACUGGGCGGACUUUGCUCCCGUGGUGGAGGACGAUGGCGAUCACGCGAGCCCCAGAUAUGUCAACCUGACGGGAUUUAGAGAGGAGGACCACUUGUCGUGGCAGGAUCUGGGCCGGUUUCGUGAAAGAGGUCUGCAGUUCAGUCGCCAUGCCAUGCUAGCAGUUGACGGCGAGCAGCUCUGGGAUGUUGCACAGGGGGAGGCGGUAUGGGCAAACGCUUCGGGGGUUCUUCUUGGGCAGUGGGUACGCCGCCAGGAGACAAUCCCGAGGACAUACGACAGCUACAAUCUCAGCGAAAGCGUGCCUUCUAUGCACUGGAUCGGGGAUAAAACAGACUGGGCUCGUAACGUGACCGGCGGUACUGGCAGGCUCCAGGUACGGCUGACGGGAAACGAGACGGUGGCCGAAUACGAGCAGCUCUCCAAGGUCGAUGCUCCCCUCUCUGGAGGCUUGAUACGCAACGUGAAGGCGGUAGUGACGGUUGAAGACACCGAGGGAUCAGGAUUGAGCUGGGAGAUGGUUCUCUUCGGCGUGCAUUGGCCACGACAGGGCGUCAUCAUGAUGGCAACAACAAGCGAGAAGUUCGACGGCAUCUUUGGGCUACCGCAUCUGACCCCUGGGCCCGACUAUUUCCAGUCAAGUCAGCGGUUUCUGAACCAAACUCUUGAGCACACUAUAGCUACCAAGGAAAAGAACAUCUACUCCGACCAGAACAUACCAUGGAAAUCCAACUUUGAGAGCCCCCUCCACACUCGGAAUCCCUCUCCACACUGCGAGUACGUCGUGUAUCUUCAGACCCAUCCCCCAAGCAGACAGAGCUUGGGUCUUGGGUCUGCCAUUCCCAAAGGGGAGAGCAUGGCAGAGAUGCUACAAGCCAUCGAGUCAGAGCUGGAGUCUCCACUCGGUGCGCCCAUCAAGCACAUCCCAAAGCUCCAAAUGUCAGCGGUUGUAUACUCACCCGACUGCGGCCUCUUCAUGGAGUCAAAGGGGCCUCCGGAUUUCCCCCGGAGCGAGGGCGAUCACCUCCUCGGCGUGAAAUUCGAGGUGCAAAUCAGCAGCAUCAAUUAUUGGCUGCUCGCAUACGCGGUGAUGAUGUUUGGCCAGGUCAUGUUGCUCAAGGGCCAGAUGAAGGAGACGUAUACCCCGUCUACCCUUGGAAGAGUCAGCUUUUGGACAAUCAGCAUGAUGCUCAUUGCCGAUGGCAUGACUUUUAGCGCGGCUGCGUCGUGGGUUGCCACGGCUCAGUAUACCUUCUUGCCAACCCUAACGCUCACGUUUGCGUCCUUCAUGUCCAUGACUAUAGGGGGGAGCCUGCUUGCCAAGAUUCACGAGGUCCAAACACCACCGCCUCGCACUCGCCGAGAAGGGACGCAAGGUGCAGCUGGUCCAAACAGCGGAUCGACCAGUACGGCCUCCUCAGCACCGCUAACACCAAAUCGCACGGGCACGGCAACAGGCCCAAUACUCCCUGGGCCGGUAACAGCAGGACGUGGCCUCGGUAAUCCGGCUGUUGCCAAUGUAGGCGCCGCUGCCAGCAUCGCAGAUGGCGCCUCGGCCGUGCCUGGCGCAGUCACAGCUGCUGCGAGACCAGGUGAACCGCCUACGCAAUCUCCGACGUUUCAGUCACUCAUGGGCCGGUUUGUGCUCGUAGGCGCCCUCGUCAUGUUCGUCAGCGUCUCGUCCAUAGCAUGGUACAUGACGGCGCGCUCAUGGUUCCUCAACAUCUGUGCCCUUGUCUAUCUAUCCAUGUGGAUCCCCCAGAUAUACCGCAACAUCAUCCGCAACUGUCGCCGCGCCCUCAAGUGGCAGUUCGUCAUCGGCCAGUCCCUCCUCCGUCUUCUCCCACUGGCAUACUUUUGGCUCAAGACGGACAACUUCCUCCUCACGCGGACGGAGCCCCGGGCCUUUGCCGUGCUUUGCCUUUGGGUCUGGCUGCAGAUCUUUGUGCUCGCGACGCAGGAUGCCGUGGGGCCUCGAUUCGGCAUUCCCAAGGGCUGGAUGCCCGAUGCGUGGGACUAUCACCCCGUCCUCAGAGAAGACAACGUCGAGGCUGGGGGGCUGCCCAUUGGACUUGGUGCCGAGGACAGCCCGGGCCGUGAUCGCAGACGCAGCAGCGAGGACAGAGAUAAAGCCCGUCCUGGCAGCGGCGGCGGCACCACGCGGGCCAUCGACUGCGCCAUUUGCCGCGAGGUGCUCGAGGUCCCCGUCGUCAAGGCCGGAGAAGAAGACAUGAGCGUGACGGGGGUGUUUUCGAGGAGGAUGUACAUGGUGACUCCGUGCCGCCACAUCUUCCACAGCCUUUGUCUGGAGAACUGGAUGAAUUUCCGGCUUCAAUGCCCAAUAUGUAGAGAGGAUCUGCCACCCAUGUAAAUUCGGAGGAGCGUAAACUUAACCUAUUUAGCAUAGUGGUCAAAUGUAUAAUC